AUGUUGAAGCCCGAGAUGAAUUCGGCCAUAAAAACAGGAGUCCCACCAGUUUGGAUAACACAAGAUAAAGUAGAGAGGAAUAAAAAUGACGAGGACAUAGGAGAGUAUCGCACAAGAAUUAAGAUUCUCUAUUUUAGAGAUAAAGGUCAUAUUAUUCAAAUAAUGACCACCUUCUAUCUUAAAUUAACGAAUGACGCUACUGAAAAUAUUUUAAGGGUUUUCGAAGAUAGUGCAUUUGAUAGGAACCGAGGAAAGGGUGAAAAGAAGAACGAGAUCAAAUGA